AACGUUGAGCAAAGCGGCAGCAGCAGCAGCAACUUCAUUCUUGGAUAUAUUUACUUAACGUGCUUGUGUGAAGUGAAUUCAUUUGUUUUUUUUUUUUGUGUUUAAGUCAAGUCAAGUCUGAUAAGUGCAAUAUGCCGUUUCCCAUUCAUCCGCCCAAGCAAAUGCCAUGCCCCCAUUGGCAGCAUUUCCCCAUAAGUCCAGUGGACAGCAAGCCAAAUCCAUUCGAUAGCAUCGGUGGAGCUGCAUCGGCAGCAACAACAACAACCACAAACGGCCACGAGAAGCCGCCAGAGCCCGUGUCCUAUAGCUAUUGUCUGCAGUGCAAGGCAACUGCUGGCCCCACCAAUGGAUCGGCCAAGAAUUAGCAUCUUGCUGCAAGCAAAAAGGUGUUGGUCACCUUCAGCGUUUGACAUUAGACCAACCGAACACCCGCACACCCGCCCACCCGGCCACCCAGCCAUUCACACGCCCCUUUUCACCUUCAGCUUGUUUAGCCCGUCAUCCACUUACUUGAAACAUUCUCAAUGUGACACUGGAGCUGAAGAAGCACUGCUCCCCAUUUCUAAUCUCUCAAGUGGUCAACGAACGAUUUGGGAAUCACGCAAAGCAGAAAAUGGCAGAAAAUUUUUCCACAUGUUUUGGUUUUAUUUUUUUGUCGAACAGAUGUUUUAUUAUUUGUACAUUUUAUUAUUAUUAAUUUGUUUUUUUUUGUUCUUUCUUUUAUUUUGCCUAAACUAAGACUUAUUUUAUAAGAGCUAAAGACUACAGAAAUCAUACAUCACAUACAUAUAUAUAUAUAUAUAUACAUAUGUAUGUAUAUGAACAAUAUAUUAAACUACAUAUAAAUGUAUAAUUGUUUUUAAUAAGACGCACAAAUAAAA